AUAUUUCUCUCCCACCUUUUGGAGUCUCACUCUAUUCUUUCUCGAGUGAGCUUAUGAGUUUUAAAUUUUAAUAUUUUAAGUUUAUUAAAUAGGUUUUUUAACUCAAAUAUAAGUUUUGGGAAGAACUCUAGCUCCGCCUCAGCAUCAAACCCAUGCUUAAUUCCAGUCUUCUCUAGCAAUGGUUAUAUGUUCCUGGAAACAGUCUCUCUGCCCGAGAGGUAAGGAUGUCUUGAGACAAAAAGGAGAGUUUACAAGUAGUAUUAAAUUGUACAAAAGGGAUUACAGCUCUUUUUAAAUACAAUUAAUUUUGUUGAGAUUUAAUUAGAGAAAAGAAUAUCAAGAAAAAGAAGAAAAAUGGGGUUUUGGACAUUAUUUGAAGUGGCAUCUAUGCCAAUAUUGCAAGUACUCCUCAUAAGUAUUUUAGGUGCUUUAAUGGCCACUGAUUAUCUCAAGCUUCUUCACUCUGAUGCCCGAAGAUCUCUCAAUAAAAUCGUGUUCGUGGUAUUUACGCCUUCUUUAAUGUUUGCAAGUUUGGCAAAAACUGUCACCUUGGACGACAUAAUCUCAUGGUGGUUUAUGCCCAUUAAUAUAGGGCUAACUUUUCUAGUUGGAGGAAUUCUUGGAUGGUUAGUUGUGAAAAUACUGAAGCCAGAUCUACAUUUAGAAGGACUCAUUAUUGCUACAUGCUCAGCAGGUAAUUUGGGGAACCUUCUUUUGAUAGUAAUUCCAGCAAUUUGCAAGGAGAAACGUAGCCCAUUUGGUGAUCAUGGAAUUUGUGCUUCUGUUGGUCUGUCAUAUGCCUCUUUCUCCAUGGCAGUUGGUGGUUUCUACAUAUGGACCCACACAUACCAUUUAAUAAGAAGCUCAUCUGUGAAAUUUAAAGCACUAAAAGCAGCUGAGGAAGAUGCUUUGAAGAAACCAAAUAAUGAUUUUGAUGCAAAUGAAAAAUCUCACCUUCUUGAAGAAGUUGACCAAAAUGAUCUUGCUCUUAGCAUUGCACCAACAAAAUCAACUGCAUAUGACCCUGAAAAUCAAACUAAAGCAUGUGAAAAAACAGACAUGGAACCAAGAGAAGGGGAAGUAUCAUCAUGGAGUAAAUUUUUGCACAAAAUUGUGGAGGAACUACUGGCACCUCCAACAGUUGCAGCAAUUAUAGGACUUAUAUUUGGUUCAGUAACAUGGUUGAAAAACCUGAUUAUUGGUAGUGCUGCUCCCCUCAGAGUUAUCCAAGACUCAAUCAAAUUACUUGGGGAUGGGACCAUUCCUUGUAUCACUCUUAUACUAGGAGGAAACCUCACCCAAGGAUUAAGGAAGGCAAAAGUGAAACCAAUGAUCAUAAUAUCAGUGGUAUGUGUGCGGUAUAUAUUCAGUCCUCUAGUAGGAAUUCUAGUUCUUAAAGUAGCAGACAAACUAGGAUUCCUUGCAGCAGAUCCCCUUUACAAAUUUGUGAUAAUGAUUCAAUACACAUUGCCACCCGCCAUGAAUAUCGGAACAAUGACACAAUUAUUUGAUGUAGCACAAGAAGAGUGUUCAGUCCUUUUCUUGUGGACUUAUUUGGUUGCAGCAUUUGCACUUACUAUUUGGUCCACUGUAUUCAUGUGGCUCUUGUCCUGAUUGUCACAAGAAGACACAAUAUGAAGAUAUUAUAUAAUGGUGUGGUGUGCUUUAAAGUAAUCUUGAUACACAUCCUACAUUCCUACUUUGGGGAAAAAUUUGUGAAAUAUAUACCCUAUGGAAUUAGGUAUUAGAAAUAUUCCAUCAGAAUAGAUAUAAUACUAGUGUGUGGGACCAUUCUAUUUGUUUUAUUUACCCUCAUUAUUUUGUUUUUCACUACUAUGUUUUUAGCUUCAAUUCUUUCAAGUAAUAUGACCCCCUUCAUAAGGUGCUUGUAUGUUGUUCUAUAUAUGUAAGGAAAGUAUUUAGUUGAUUGUC